CUUACCAGUCAGUCACCACCACCACUUUCCCUACCACUUCAUCUCCUUUCCGCUGCUAAAAGGCCCUUCUCUGCUCUCUCUUUCUCUAUGGCAACCAUGGUAAGACCGCCGUCAUUAUUCCUCAUUCUCAUUUCCCUCUCAUCCCUCUCUUUCCUCUGCGAAUCAAGACUCUCUUACACCUAUUACGACAAAUCUUGCCCAAAAUUUUCUCAAAUCAUUCAAGAUACCAUAACCAACAAGCAAAUCACCAGUCCUACAACCGCCGCCGGAACUCUCCGUCUCUUCUUUCAUGACUGCCUCCUCAAUGGCUGCGACGGUUCCGUUCUCAUCUCCUCUACUCCUUUCAACUCUGCCGAACGUGACGCCGACAUUAACCUCUCCCUUCCCGGUGAUGCCUUUGAUCUAGUCACUCGUGCCAAAACUGCCCUUGAGCUUUCUUGCCCUAAUACUGUUUCUUGCGCCGAUAUUCUAGCCGUAGCAACCCGUGAUCUAGUCACAAUGGUUGGUGGUCCUUACUAUAGUGUUCUGUUAGGGAGAAAAGAUUAUCGCAUCUCUAAAUCUGCUUAUGUAGAAGGCAAUCUGCCAAAACCCACAAUGCCGAUGUCAAAAAUUAUCGAUAUUUUUGGUUCUAAAGGUUUUAGUGUUCAAGAAAUGGUGGCGUUGAGUGGUGCACAUACUAUAGGUUUUUCUCAUUGUAAGGAGUUCAGGAGUUUUGUGUAUAAUGACACAGAUUACAAUCCAAGAUUUGCUCAGGGUCUUCAACAGGCUUGUGCAGAUUCUUACAAGAAUCCAACUUUAUCAGUUUUUAAUGAUAUAAUGACACCAAACAAGUUUGAUAAUGUGUAUUUUCAAAAUUUGCCUAAAGGGUUAGGCCUAUUAGAAUCAGAUCAUGGAUUGUAUAAUGAUCCAAGAACCAAGCCUUUUGUGGAGCUUUAUGCUAAAGAUCAGAACAAGUUUUUCCAAGAUUUUGGGAAAGCAAUGGAGAAGCUCAGUGUUUAUGGCAUCAAGACUGGAAGGAGAGGUGAGAUUAGGCACAGGUGUGAUGCUAUCAACUGAAAAUUUUAUGGGUUCGUUUUAUUUUUAUAAUUUUUUUUUUUGUUGUUGUGAUUUAGUUGAGAAAUUAAAGGGAUAAUGGGUGAUCGUGAAUGAAGAUUUUGGGUUUUAUUUAUGUAUUAAUUCUUUUGGUUAAUUGUGAGGAUCUGAAGUUGAUAUGUAUACAAUAUUUGUCUGCACUGAUCAUGAUAUCAAACUUAAAUUAUACAUGUUUUCUUUACUUUUUC